AUGGCAAAAAGCAAGGAUGAUAUAAAAUAUGGAACAUCACAAGCAAGAUUAUCAGAAGAUGAAGCAGUGAGAGUAGUUUAUAAACAUGGUACACCACUUGAAGGAGGAAAAAUAUCAGAUUCUGAAAAAGUUGAUUUGUUUUCAAGUGCACAAAAUAUUUCAAAGAGUGAUCAACAACAACAAAGUGUAGAUUCUAAUCAAUCUCAGUUGCAACAUGAUAAUGAUGAUACAAAAGGAGAAGAAGAUUUCACUACUGGUGCUCCUUCUUUACCACACAAGAAUAAGCCUCCAACACUUGGUCAUAAAUUUUGA